CCGACAUCAUGAUUCGAUCGCAACAGCGCCAUGCUGUCGAGGAUGACGAAGUGGACGUGCCGCUGCACAUGCUGGAGGACCUGGGCAUCGAGUUUGAGUUUGAAAUGGACACGGAGUCCAUGUCUCGCGCGUACUUUGAGUGUGCAGCCGAAGGCAACGUCGAGACCCUUCGCUUCCUCCUUAGUAGCGACGUGCAUGGCGAAUUGCUCAAUUCUGUCGACGUCGAUGGCUUUUCUGCGCUCAUGAUUGCCGCCGCGGAAGGCAACCGUGAUGUGGUCCUGGAGCUGUUGCGUCGCAACGCCGAUGCCAAUCUGCGGACAUUCGAGCUGAAGAGCGCAGCCCUUCACUUCGCCGCCAAGAAUGGCGACCCAGAGAUCGUCGAAGAAAUGUGCAAACACACGACUCAAAUUGACUUUUGGAACAUCAACGCAGACACGCCGUUGGUGUGGGCAUGCAUCGAAGGCCGCGACGCCGCCGUGGCCGUACUCCUCCGCCACGGCGCCGAUCCCCGCGUGACCAACCAUUACGGCGCCACAACUCUCAUGUGCGCAACCAUGAUUGGCGAAGACACGGACGACGCCACCGACAUGGCGCGCAAAGUUAUCGUCACCCUGCUCCUGACCAUGUGCCCCGAUUUAGUCAACGUACAAGACCGAGACGGCAGCACGGCCAUGCACUUGGCGGCGUCAUGCGGGUACCUGCAAUGCUGUCGCGCGUUGCUGGAGGGCGGCGCCGACAUUACCAUUCGAAAUGCAGUUGGGCAAACGCCAUUGGAGGAAGCCGAGCAAACAGGGUGCGACGGCAGUGACGCGUGCGUAGCUUUUCUAAAGGUCCACUGGGCCAAGCUCGAGGACGAAGUCAACAAGCGCAUGCGCACGAUGCUGGAGCUCGAAGACGACUCGUCCGUGGCCACGCCCGGCAAAGCCGCCAAGAAGAAAAAGAAGCACAAGAAAAACAACCACGCCGCCAAGAAGAAACUGCCACCCCCGUCCACGACCAAGAUGUCCACCGCCCCCAGCAGUCCAAAGGCUGACGAGGACGAGUCGUCUGACGACGGGGCAUCGGUGCCCCACGUAGCGCCGCCGCCGUCCACCACCACCGCAGGCAUCAUCCACCACCAGCCUCCUUCCCCCACACCGACGACGACGACGACGACGGGGCUGUCAGUUGCCGUCGAAGACGAUGCGUGGACGACAGUGUGUCGAAAGCAGCCGCACGACAAAAAGGACACGACCAAGUCAUUGACGCCACCUGUGACAUCGUUCGACACGGAAUCCAGCACUGUGCACCCGACGGGAUCGGCCACGAAACGAGUGGCCACACCUCCACCAGAAACUAUCAAACCAUCCCCCCCGCAACCCCCCGAACCUGCUUCUUCUUCCCCCCCCCACGACCAACCACAACAGCAGCAGCAACCACCUGCUCCCCACCUGCAGCCCACACUAGCCCCAAGCGCCGACGUCGUCCCCACCAAGGAGCCCCGUGCAACGACAUCCUCUCCGACAACAUCCGAUGCAAACUCAACCCUUGCGCACUCCCCCCCGCCACUCGCUCGACCGUUCCGCACGUCCAACAGCCCCCCCGUCCACCACCACCGAGAAGUGCUUUCCACGCCUCGGUAUACCACGGCCUCGUCCAUUCCAUUUUUACACCAUCGACCAACCCACUCCUUGUCAAAUAUGCCGUCGGCCCCAAUAUCUUCUUUGACGUGGCAAGCCCACAUCCAGCCAGUAUCUUCUUCGGCCACCCCCAGUCGCAACGGAUGGUGGAGCGACCGCCACUACCGCAAAGGCGCGGCGGUGCCGCUUCGUCCCGCCAACCUGCUAGGCUGGCUACAGCACUUGGACACGAACGUGCGGGAUGCGCUGGCCAUGCUUGCAUGCGGCACGUGUGGCGACUGGGUCCACGACAACCUCCAGUGUCCGCACUGCCAGCAGCUCUACUGCCACCGCUGCGUGCCACUCUCGUCCGUCGUGUUUUGGCUAUAUGUCUUCUUCUCACUGGUGUUAGUAGAUGUGUACGAUGUGGAGUGGCCUGCUGCGACCCGUCGACGCUCCAACACAACGUGGUGGCGCAACAGCAAGCGGCGUGCGUGGGUCUCGUCCAAGGCGAUGGCUCCACCGCCACCACGACCAAGUCCCUGGCGGCGUUGGAGGACGACAUGCAUGCCGCGGUGCCGCUCGCCCGACACGUGGCGCUGAGCCCUGUGGGGUUGGUGCCUGGGCAAACCGAGUACCUGGCCUCGUGUAGCAUGGCGCAGCUGGACGUGUUGGAAGAGAUGCAUUACACAGCCCUGCGGCAACUCCAAGAGGCCCGCGUCACCAGCGUCCGAGCCCACGAGCGCAUGCGAUACGACCAAGAACUCAAGCAGCAACUAUACCUUCACCAAAGCCUCGUCACGCCAGUGUCAACCGUGUUUGCAAGCCACGACGACGACCGGUUGGUGGGAUGAUGGGGGGCGGGCGGACGGACGUGGGCCUAGAGGUGCUAUGUAACAUUACAGAUAACGACGAACAAGAUCAUCAACGCGACAGGACUGGUGGUGUUGAGUCAAAAACCAGCAGUGAAUCCAAUACCAAGUGGAUGUUGAAGGCGAAAUAUGCAGCUACAUAACAAGCUUAUAGGAAUGUACACGUUUGUUG